ACUGGAAUAAAGAAGAACCUCCAUAUCUUACGAGUAUUUAAUCUACGCCACAAUCAAUCCCUUCUCAGCACCUGUCAGGAAGGCAGGCAUGGCUGCCUCUCCUCUCAUUUCCUCUUCCCACUUUCUCUCUCUCUCCUCUAAACCCAACAAACCCACCCCUCUCCCUCUCCUCAAUUUCUCUCACUACAAAUCUCUUCGCCCUCCAAAACCCAUUUCAGCCUCUCUCUCGGCAAGCUCCCCCACUACCUUCACCAAUAAUAACAGGUCUAAACUUCUUGAGCACUCUGGGCUUUGUGGGUUUGUAUUAGACAGGUUGUUAAGUUUCUCUCUCAAGAAUUUGCAGCCUGUUGUUGUCCAAUGGGCCUCUCUCGCUCUAGCCUUGAGUGUGCUGGUUGGAAAUGUAGACCCAUCUGCUGCUUUCGUGGUGACACCUGCUCGCAAACUGCAGUCUGAUGAGCUCGCCACUGUUCGCCUGUUCCAAGAGAACACCCCUUCAGUCGUUUAUAUUACCAAUCUUGCUGUUCGGCAAGAUGCAUUCACUCUGGAUGUAUUGGAGGUUCCCCAAGGUUCUGGAUCAGGGUUUGUGUGGGACAAGGAUGGUCAUAUUGUCACAAAUUAUCAUGUAAUUCGAGGCGCUUCUGAUCUGAGGGUCACUCUUGCUGAUCAGAGCACAUAUGAGGCAAGAGUUGUGGGGUUUGAUCAAGACAAAGAUGUUGCUGUAUUGCGAGUUGAUGCCCCUAAGGAUAAACUCAGACCAAUACCUGUUGGUGUUUCUGCUGAUUUACUUGUUGGUCAGAAAGUAUAUGCCAUUGGGAAUCCGUUUGGCCUUGACCAUACACUUACAACGGGAGUUAUCAGUGGACUUCGAAGAGAAAUAAGUUCAGCCGCAACAGGGCGUCCUAUACAGGAUGUUAUACAGACUGAUGCAGCAAUCAACCCUGGGAAUAGUGGGGGACCUCUCCUUGAUAGCUCAGGAAGUUUGAUUGGAAUAAACACUGCUAUAUACUCACCUUCAGGAGCAUCUUCUGGUGUUGGAUUCUCUAUUCCUGUUGAUACAGUAAGUGGCAUUGUGGAUCAAUUGGUGAAGUUUGGUAAAGUUACCAGACCUAUUCUAGGGAUUAAAUUUGCACCAGAUCAGUCCGUUGAGCAAUUGGGUGUUAGUGGGGUGCUCGUGUUAGAUGCUCCUGCAAAUGGACCAGCUGGCAAAGCAGUACGCAUUGGUUUACAAUCAACAAAGCGAGAUGCCUAUGGCCGCCUUAUUUUGGGUGAUAUUAUAACAUCUGUGAAUGGGAAGAAAGUCACGAAUGGUAGUGAUCUAUACAGAAUCCUUGAUCAAUGUAAAGUGGGUGAUCAGGUGACUGUGGAGGUUUUACGUGGGGAUCAUAAAGAAAAAGUUCCUGUUAUCCUUGAACCGAAGCCUGAUGAAUCGUGAACCAGGUGAUGGAGUGAUACAAAGUAAAUAUGGUGUGCAUUCUAGUGUAUUUUAUCAAGAUGUGUAUAUCUAUUGACGAAAUUGUAUAUCUAUCCAUGAAAAUAUUUCUUUUCUUUUUAUUUAUCAAUUAUACUUUUCGGUGGUCUUCUUUGUA